AUGUCAUAUAUAGACUCUUGUGCAGACGAGAUUGUCUUUUCUGAAGAGAUCCUGACUCCGCCCAAUGGCCAGCCACUACCGCUCGAAAUGGCGACCGGCAUAUUGACGAAGCUUCUGCACUGCAACAGGCUUUUUGAGCAGGAUCCCCAGCUGCCAAGACUAUUGUUGCCGGUAUUAGACCUGGCCAAGGUGUACGGCGUCCGGUUUUCCGCGGAGCCAACAGUCGAAGCCUUGGCACCGUUUUGUGCAAUUAUGGCCGAUAUUCUUUUCCGCAUUCCGGGUCUGAACAUUGCGCUGGAUUAUUAUCACGAUUCCCAAAAGGAAAACAAGAUCUAUGUUGACGACUUCCGGGCCACAUGCCCAUUUCCAGGUUGGCCAAUUACCUACGGGAAAUCGGUCCAUGCCGUGACAGAUCUCUUCUUCUUUGACCCAGCUGGUGACCUAGUUCCUGUAAUACACCGUGAGGAUUACUUAGAGGCUGUCCGAGAUACCCGGCGCGUCGUAUUGUCCUUCAUGAGAGGAGAGGUACUUUGGGAAGAGUUCACACCGAGCGGCGCUGGCGAGUCCACUGGCCAAAGAUGGGGGCCAGUGUACACCAUCACAAAUGGUAGCAAGGAAAGUUACACCAAGCUAUAGACGAGGUUGUUGGGGAAGAAAUCGCUGAAAAAUGGGUCAAGGUGAUUCAGGCAAAAUGUCAGGUUCAGUGCUGGGUUAUUCGUGCGUUUACUGGGGAAUAGAACUAGUGCAUUGGAUAUGACCAUAUCAAUGUAGAAAUGCAGCUCUCAAUGCGCUGUCAAUCUCGUCUCCCAUACCAUUUAC